AUUGCACUAAUCCAAAUUGUUGUCUGCUGCUACUACUUUUAUCCUCUAUACUGACAAGUUCUUUCGAACUUCAAUGUGGAAUCAAUGAAACUGUUACUACAAGGGAGACUUUUUCAGUCCUGCUCCUACUGUGUGCGAAGACAGCUAUGCUCAGCCACCAGCAGUCAUGCAGUUGACCUGUCAUACUAUGCGUACGAGAAGCAACCCCAGGAGUCGGUCCAUGCCCAGCAGCUGCCCCUCAUCCUCAUGCACGGCCUUAUGGGAUCUAAACAAAACUGGCAAAGCCUUGCCAAGGUCUUUGGCAGUACUGGUAGAAAGGUGUUGGCACUUGAUGCCCGUAACCAUGGCGGCAGUGUUCACGUGGAAGACAUGAACUAUGCUUUGUUCUGCGAGGACGUUGUGCGUUUCCUCGACUCACAGAACAUUGAGCAAGCUGUACUUCUUGGGCACAGCAUGGGGGGCAAGACUGCCAUGGUCACCGCUCUCACACAUGGAGGGCGGGUAGCUGGACUUAUUGUGGUUGAUGUAGCACCCAGUGUGAGCCCGAACAUUGAGAAGCACCCAUCAUACCUUGAGGCGAUGCUGCGCAUCCCACUCCUAACACUGGCCAAUACCGGCGACACAGAGAACACACCCAUCUCCACCGUACGCAGACACGUGUUCACGGAGCUUGCAAAAACCAUUCAGGAUGAAGCCAUGCGUCACUUCCUGGCCUCCAACCUUGUGAUCCGGGAUAACAAGUUUGGCUGGAAGUGCAACCUUGACUCCAUAAUCAACAACUUCCAUGACAUUGCCUCAUUCCCAAAGUUUGAAGAAGAGCAGUAUUAUGGUGGCACGCUGUUUAUUGGUGGCUCAAAUUCUAAUUACCUCACUGAGGAGAACGUCCCUCGUAUCAAGGAGUUGUUUCCCCUAGCAGAGGUAAAGUAUAUUGAGGGGGCGGGUCACUGGGUGCACUCUGACAAACCACACCUCUUCAUCUCCACCGUCAACAACUUCCUGCUACAGGCUGGCGUCUGAUGAAGGCUUGGCUUUAGGAUAGACCAAGUGUGUAGGGUUACCUUGUCCUAGAUCUGUCAAAGAUCUACAUCUACAUGUGUUACCUUGUUGACAUUAACCAGCAUCAUGAUAAGCAAACAAACUCCACAUGAUUAUAUUGUCAUAUAAUUGCCCUUGAUUUAUAAGCUCAUUUGUGUUAUAAAGAAAAUGUCUCUAGAGGUAUUGUCAUAGUGUCUGUGGACAGUGUCAUUCAAAAACCUAAAUUUUGGCCAAAACUUAAAAAAACGUUGAAGAUAUUUAUAUGAAACUUGGUACACAUAUUGAGAGAAAAUUGGAUUUUUUUAGCAAGGAUCCUAUCUCUGGCUUUGAUGGUUGCUGAGUUAAACCCCUUUGACCGAAAAAACAGACGAGAGUUUGCUCUGCAGCACUCUUGUUAUAUAUAACUGCAAUUUGCUUUGGCUGCUUAUCUGACUCAAGGACUCGAUCUUGCUUACACGAAGAUCACAUAUUGAUAUGUUUUGAAAAAAAUAUUUUUAGCACUGUAAAGUAUAGCAUGCAUUAUGAUAACAAAGAAAUAUCUAUCAAAAAGGAAGACAUUUAGCAUCCACACAACACUUUUUAAAAGAAUAUUGAGAUAUCAAGGAUUUAGUGAGACUCUUUUUAUGACAUUAUGAUUAUUACACUUAAUAGAAUCAAAAUGUUUGCAUAAGAGUUAAACAUAUUACAUAUUAUAUCUGGAACAAUUUUGGAAUCCAGCUAAAAAUUGGUGAAUUUAAAUGUCUCGCCCACUUUCAACAGAGUGGAAUAAGGCCUCUGAUUGACUGACAGAAACCUUGUGUGAAGGUGACCUUCAAUGUCUCACCUUCAGAUCCUAGUAUUAUAAGGAUAGGAUUUGAAUCAGAUUGUAAUGGCUGCUUACAUGUAUUUGAUUUACAAUCUAUUUUACAAUUUAUCAUAGCGAGAAAAUCAAUAUAAUGUGAGUUGUAUUUACCCAUUUUUGAGUUGGAAUAAUGAAUGUUGAAUGUUUUUUCUGUGUGACAAAUUGCUUCUUAUAUUUAUUUGUUACGUUAAGAUGAUUUGAAUAAACUUUACCAUUUUCA